UUUGUCUUCUCAUCCUACAACCACACAAACACUCUCUCUCUAAAAAAACAAACUUUCAAAGAUUCAAAAAAUGGCGCCAAAGGCAGCAGAAAAGAAGCCAGCCGAGAAGAAGCCAGCAGCUGAAAAAGCCCCAGCGGAGAAGAAGCCGAAAGCCGGAAAGAAGCUCCCGAAGGAAGCCGGUGCGGGAGCGGCUGACAAGAAGAAGAAGAGGAGCAAGAAGAGUGUGGAGACAUACAAGAUAUACAUAUUCAAGGUGUUGAAGCAGGUGCAUCCGGAUAUUGGGAUAUCGAGCAAGGCGAUGGGGAUUAUGAACAGUUUUAUCAAUGAUAUUUUUGAGAAGCUUGCUCAGGAGAGUUCGAGGCUUGCGAGGUAUAAUAAGAAGCCGACGAUUACGUCUAGGGAGAUUCAGACUGCUGUGAGGUUGGUGUUGCCUGGUGAGCUGGCGAAACAUGCGGUUUCGGAGGGGACCAAGGCGGUUACUAAGUUUACUAGCUCUUAGGUUGUUUGGUUGGUUGUUUAGUGGUUAAGGUUUGUUAAGUUGUUAAUGUUUCAUCUAUCUCGAUGAGUUGUAUUGGAAAUUUGGAAGCAAUGGAUUGAUGUUUGGUAGUUU